AUGCCCUCCCCGAUCACAAUCCUCCCCUGCCACCUCUCCGACUUCCCCUCCCUAACCCACGCCAUGAUCUCCGCCUUCUCAGAAGACGCCCUCUUCGCCUCAGCAUUCCCAAACCCUAUGACAUCCUCGCAGAGAGAAGAACACUACCAAUACCGUCUGCGACGCUUGACGAAAGCAGCCAAGAAUCCGAAAAUGCACUGGUUCAAAGCUGUCGAUGAAGGGAUAGGGGAGGUGGUGGGGGUUUGUAGUUGGAGAGCGCCGAAAGGCGAGCAGCAGGAUGCAGCGAAGGCUGGGGACUUGGAGCAACUGGCGGACGAAAGCGAGGGUGAGCUGCCAAGGUUUGUGAAGAAGGAGGUGUUUGGGGAGUAUGAUGAGAUGAUGAAGGUCAUGAAGGAGGAGCUGGGGUUAGAGGCGAGGAAAGAUUUUUGGUGGCGCGGAGUCGGAAGCCAAUUGCUCAAACACGGACUAUCUCAAGUCGUGGAUCGGGAGGGCGGAGGAUGCUACCUCGAAGCAUCACCGGCUGGUGCAAGUCUGUACAGGCGAUACGGCUUCGAGGACCGAGGUGUCGCAAAGAUGAUGGGUGGCGACUACAACAUCAUUGCAAUGCUGCGGCCAGUUCAACGUCAAAAUUGA